ACUUCAGUUUUAAUUUCAUUAAAAUCUUAUGGACUUAUGGGGGUUUGCGGUGGGGUUGUCGCUAUAAAAUCCUUGGAAAAUCGAGAUCCCAUUUCUUCAGAGUUGUGAACUAACUGUAUAGAAAUGCUUAGAAAGUUCACUAGUACUUGGGCAAUUCUGCUUUUCUGUGGCUUCCCGCCAUGGAGCUGUGGAAACUUUACUUCCAAGAAUUUUGAAGAAAAAUUAGUCAAAUUGUCUAAAGUGAUAGAAUACAUUCAUCAAAGACCUCAACAAAUGAAUGCCGAUGUUACGUUAUCUCUAACUAUUGUUCAAGCUAACAUUGCUGCUAUUUUUUUACAUAAAAAUGCACAAUUCUUGACCGAUAAACAUCGAAAUAUACUUAUGACGAUUUUAAAACUUUGUGAUUUAACAAGACGAGAUUUAUUAAAUAAAAUUGUUUUAGAGAAUGAAGAUAUCCGAUUAUUGCACGAAACAAUAAAUUAUCCCAAUUUAUGGAUGAAAAAGAUAUCAUGGCAGCAUGGUGCUCUAGUAAAAGGGAGAGCCAAUAUCGGAUCUUAUCGAGAUAUACGAGAUCUGAUAAUGCAAGGAGCGCCUAAGGAGGAAGAAAGCGAUCGAUGUCUCGCUGAAAUCGUUCGAAAUAAGUUCAAUUCGGAUCAUAGAAUUCCUAGUUUAUGCCUUGAAAUAUUAACUACUCGAGAAUCCACCAAAGGAUAUCCUCUCACUCAUCGAUUAUUAAUCGUUCAAAUUGCCAAAAUAAUGGAAUGUGAUCAAGAUCUUCCAUCUUCAGAAUUAAUACUUUUUUAUUGUUCUGCAAUUUUCCAAGAUCUGAUCGAUAUCGAAAUAGCUGGAUUUCCUUAUCAAACACCAGAUUUAAUGAUGGAACAGGUUGUUUUAUGCGGCAUAGAAGGUUUUCUUGAAUUCACUGAUAAGCAUUAUGAACGAUUAGUAUUGGAUUGGUCACAUCCUAGCGGUUGCUUCAGUUCUUUCGGAAAUAAAUUUCUUAGUAGUAACAAAAUGCGUGUGAUACGAAGAGCUUCGAUGCAAACUGAUUUUGGCUGUGAUAAUCACGCUACUGGCUUAGCCGCUGCUUCUCUUUCUUUAUUUAUUCGCAAAAGUUUAGAGAAUACGUAUGAGUAACAACGGAAUUAUUCAUCGUUUAC